AGUGAAUACUUUAGGCUUUAAGUCUAUAUUUUUAAAUUUGUAUAAAUAUGGGUGAGGUCAAGGUCCCACGGAGCUUUAAGCUCAUAGAUGAACUGGAAAGAGGUCAAAAGGGUCUUGUAAAUGAGGGUGUUUCGUUUGGACUCGAGAGACCUGAUGAUAUCACACUCACCAAUUGGUCUUGUACCAUUCUCGGAUACCCAGGGACCGUUUACGAGAAUCGUAUCUACUGUUUGUCUGUGAUAUGUGACGAUCACUACCCGGAUAGUCCGCCUAUUGUUAGAUUUCUCACAAAGAUCGUAUUGACUGGAGUUGACGGGAGUGGAUUUGUCGAUCCAGACUAUUUUAUGGGUUUAAAGAACUGGAGGAGACAAUCCUCAAUCGAAUCGGUGCUCGUAGAUAUACGUCGUCAGAUGGCCGCCCAAGUAAACAGACGUCUUCCUCAGCCUGAGGAGGGUGUGACCUACGACUAGAUACCACCUGUAUAACUUUUAAUUUUUGUUGCUAU